UGCCCGAACCCGUCCAAGUAUCAGUCUCUCGCUGUAUCUUCUUGGUGUUGUCAAAGUUUGAAUUCACUCCCCACAUUCUACUAAUUACCGACGGAAGGAAUAUUGUCCGAUACUGCCACGAGUUCCACCAUCAUCAUAAAGACAACCAACAAAUCCAAACGAACCAAUCAGGUUUAAAUCUCUCAGCUGAAUAGUUUCGUUGACAGAAAGUACAACAAUGAGGUUAAACACCCUCUGUUCGUGCUUACUUCUAUUGGCGGCUGUUAAAGCCCACCCUGAAGGUUCCUGGAAAUGGGAAUCCUCUUCAAGUCAGUCCACCACAAUAGCCCCUACUGUCCAACCGGCUGCCGACGAAUCUCUGCACCUUUCAGUCGCUGAUGCAAAUGGUAAACUUCCGGCAAGUGCAGAACUGCACGAGGAGAGUUCCAGUGUGGAUGAUGUCGAAACAGCAGCUGAUGCUAUUCUUCACUCAACCAGGACAGGCAAAGUCAUCAACGCGUACGAAGCUGUUUAUGAAGAUCCAUCCAUUCAAAAGGCUCUUCAAGAAGGCAAAGACACUGAAGCUCGCACUUACAUCAAGGAGAAGCUCUGCAAACUUGGUUUGGCCAAAGAGUGCGCAAAGCUAUCUGCCAAGUCAUACGGUCCUAGUGGACACAAUGGCCUCCAUGGCGGCAUUGGCAUCGAUCCCAAUAUUGUUUCAUAUGUUCAGCCCGUAGCCAUUGUACCAGCCGGUGCUCCUAUUGCUGCAGUUCCACUUGGCGUGGGCGGUGGCCAGUUCAAACAACAUGGCAAAGGCCAAGUUGGCAAAGUCAAGGGCUAUGGUGUUCCUCCUACGGGCUAUGGAGCUCCUUCUCUCCUACCUCCAAACACGUACGGUGCUCCCGGACUUGGUGGAUUCGGCGGACCCGGACUUGGUGGAUUCGGCGGACUCGGUGGUUUGGGAAGCCUGGCUCCUCCUCCUAUUCCUGCAUCUCUUCCUCCUGCCCCUGUCCAACACAUCCAUCAUCACCAAACCGUCGGAGUUCCUCCAAUCAUCCCAGGCCCUUACGGCGCUCCUCCACCUCCACCACCAAUCUACAAAUCACCUCCUUCAUAUAAUCCUGCCCCUCCUGCUUACAAUCCUCCGCCUAGACCAUCUUACAGUAACCCAGCCCCCGUUUAUAACUCGGCUCCUUCUCGUCCGUACGUUCCUGCUCCAAUCCAGCCCUACACCAACGGAGGUAAUGCAUUCGCUCCACGUGACCAGUGCGUGUGCGUUCCAGUUGAACAAUGCCCGUCCUACGAUGUCAUCGGCCGCGUCGCUGACUACCAAAUUGACCCUCGUUCAAAACUGAACUCGACCAUCGUAGCUGAUGAAGCCGACAUUGUCAUCGUGAAACAACCGGAAGGUCGUCAACUCGCUUCUCCUUCAUCAAAAGACUCGACUCGUCGAAAACGUCAGAGCUUCCACAACAGGCAGACCAUCGUUGGAGACGAUACCAUCACCGUUGUCUCAUCUGAUUCUUCCGCUUCGCAAUCCCCUUUAAAUCCUCCUUCCAGUGGUUCUGGACCGGUUGCUCCCAUUGCCGAUGUACCCAUUUCGGCGGGUGAUUCUGAUGAUUUAGAAUCAAUCAGCGUUGAUGCUGCUGAUUCCGUUCCUGCUGGUGAUGGUGGUUCUGCUCCCGUUGCUGUUUCUCCACCUGCUGUAGCUGGUGCCCCUGCCUCCGUCGGCGCAGUCGGAGGUUCAGAAGAGCCGUUCAGAUUUGCCAGUACAUCAGGCAACGCCAUCAGACCGCUGAGAUCGGCCCGCGAUGGGCCUUACGGAGAGGAGGCUCCGUUGAACCUGGGCGAGGUUGGACAAGGACUACAAAGAGUGGGUCUGGCGUCCGAUGAAGCUUCUUUCAAGACCCAUCACUAUGAGAAGAGUUUUAAAAAAGCUUUCGGCAAAGGCUACGGCUAUGGCGUUCCCUACCCAGUUGCUACACCUGUUGCCGUACCUCAACCCUACGGAGUACCUUAUGCUGUGCCUCAACCUGUACCCGUUGCACAACCCUAUGCUGUACCUCAACCUUAUCCAGUCAAAGUACCCGUUGUCCAACAUGUUCCCGUUCAAGUUCCUGUCCAAGUUCCCGUCAGGGUUGAGGUUCCCGUCCACGUCCCUGUCCGUGUUGAAGUUGUCCGUGUAGAAGUCCCUGUGCCUGUGGCAGCGCCUUACCCAGUCCCUGUACCUUACGAGCAACCGGUUCAGGUUCAUCAACACUAUCAUCAUCAACACCCAGUACCUCCACCGGUGCCCCACUAUCCCCCAAAAGCGUCCAUCUACCGACCUUAUCCAGGAGCUUACGGCUCGCCCACGUACGGCUAUAGCGGUCCAGUACCUAGCUACUCUGCGCCAGUGGCCAGUUAUGGACCAACGCCUUAUUCUAACUCGGGAGGGAAGGAAACACCUUACGCGGGUCAAGCGCAGGCACAUUACUCGGCGGAGGGAAAUCAGCCAACGGCACAGGUGCACACAGCAACUGGGUACGAUUCAAUCACGGUUCAAUCCGCUGCCAAUGACUACACGUUCCGUGAUUCGGAAAACAAUGGCCAGCCUAAAACUCGAACUAGUGGAGUCCGAUUUGUCGAUUCUCGUUCGGGUGAAUCCGAUUCAUCCUCCUCUCCUGCUGCAUUCACUUCUUCUUCUUCUUCUUCUUCAUCCGCUGUUAAGUUUGAGCAAGCCAAGCGGAAGCGCUCCGCAGACGAACAAGAUUUCGUUGAAACAGACGCAAGCCAACCCCAACCAGAAACCAACGAGGGACGAGAUGCCCGUCAACUCGGAGGAAGCUCUUUUUCCGGUGGAUAUCCAACUUGUAAAUACUCUGAAGUCUGUUGUCGUAGUUCUCCGGCUGCCAACCGAUACUCAAAUGGAGCGGCUCCAGGUACCUGUGGACGCCGAAACCCACAAGGAAUCAACGGUCGCAUCAAGACUUUGCCCUACGCUGACGGAGAAGCUGAAUUCGCUGAAUAUCCAUGGCAAGCGGCUAUUUUGAAAAAAGAUCAGUACGACAACGUUUAUGUCUGCGGAGGAGCCCUAGUAGGACCUUCUCACAUCCUCACUGCAGCUCAUUGCAUUAAAGGAAACGCUCCUGGUGACCUGAGAGUGCGUUUGGGUGAAUGGGAUGUCAACCGCGAAUCUGAAUUCUACCCUCACAUCGAGAAAGACGUUGUCUCUGUUAUUAUUCAUCCGGAAUACUAUCCAGGCAACCUUUACAACGAUAUCGCUAUCGUAAAGUUUGAAGGCACGGUCGACUUUUCUUACAAUCCUCACAUCGCUCCUGCCUGCGUUCCUCAGAGGUACCAAGAAUUCGUUGGAUCUCGUUGCUGGGUCACUGGAUGGGGUAAAGACGCGUUCGGUACCGGAGGAAAGUACCAGAACAUCCUAAAGGAAGUGGAUGUGCCUGUAGUUGGCAAUGCUGAUUGCGAGAACAAAUUGCGCCGUACACGACUUGGAUACGACUUCAAAUUGCAUUCAGGAUUCCUCUGCGCUGGAGGUGAAGAAGGAAAAGAUGCCUGCAAGGGUGACGGUGGUGGCCCACUAGUGUGCGAGAACCGUGGCAGCUGGUUCCUGGCCGGUCUCGUCAGCUGGGGUGUCGGUUGCGGUCAGUACGACACUCCUGGUGUUUACACCAAAGUGUCUGAAUUCUCCGACUGGAUCCAAAAGAAUAUAAUCUAUUAAUCCUAACGCGUGCAUCGUUUAACGUUAUAUAUUAAAGAAGCGACGGCGAGGAAAGAAGCUAAGAAAUAUUUAAACAAAAGAGAAAGAAAAAAUUCACCAGUUUUUCAUUAAUUUGAUUACUACUUUUAUACAUUCUAAAUGCGAAUCCCAUUUCUCACAUCAGUUUUAUGCUAUUUAGAUGGCCCUUAGUUUUAGUCAAAAGUAUUAGUGUUUGAAUACCUUUUUUUUUUAUCACAAUGAUGUUUCUCAAAAUUAUGUAUCUACUACACUGCUGUUGCAGGCUGUGUAGAUCCCUCCGUAGCGGCUGAGCCGCCCUUAAAUACACGAAAAGAUGCUUAUGAA